AUGGCUCAGAAAACUGUACUCAUCACAGGUUGCUCCUCAGGAAUCGGACUCGCCUUGGCUGUAAAAAUGGCCAGAGAUGAACAGAAAAGAUUUAAAGUGUAUGCCACCAUGAGGAAUCUGACCAGGCAGGACAAACUUGCAGAAGCUGCAGGCAGAACCUUGGGUAAAACCCUGGAAAUUAAACAACUGGAUGUCUGCAGUGAAGAGUCUAUUAAAACUUGUGUCAGUAGCAUCCCUGACAGAAGGAUUGAUAUCCUAGUUAGCAAUGCUGGAAUGGGGCUCAUUGGACCUAUUGAAUGCCAGACCGUAGAUGAGAUGAAAACUGUGAUGGAUACAAACUUCUUUGGAUUGGUUCGACUCUUGAAGGAGAUUUUACUUGAUAUGAAGAAGAGAAAGAGUGGACAUAUAGUUAUAAUAAGUAGUGUCAUGGGAAUACAAGGUAUUUUGUUCAAUGAUGUUUAUGCUGCAUCUAAAUUUGCUGUGGAAGGAUUCUGUGAAAGUUUAGCCAUACAAGCUCUCAAGUUUAAACUUCAGCUAAGUCUGAUUGAGCCAGGCCCAGUGAUCACAGAAUUUGAAAAAAAGGUGUUUGAAGAUGGAAUGAAAAUGGAUCUUUCAGCUGCUGAUGAAGAAACUGCUGACAUGUUUACUAAUAUCUACCUUAAAAAUUACAAACAGAUUUUCCAAAUCCUGGGACAGAGUGCAGAGGACAUAGCAGAGCAUACAGUAAAGAUAAUUCUUGCAGAAAAUCCACCUUUUCGCCAUCAGACCAACACCCUGUACACACCAAUGACAACCUUGAAAUAUGCAGAUCCUAAUGGAGAUUUACCUAUUGAUACCUUCUACAAAAUGGUUUUUCAGCAUGAUAAAAUCUUCAGUGCAAGUCUUAACUUCAUCAAACUGCUAAGGUGGAGAAGCAGAAAAAGCUUUGAUUUGGGAAACCCUUCACAAUGAACAUAUGUAUGCUACUGUGUGCAUUUGGAUCACUGGUUCUAGUCACUGCUGAUAUACUGUUUUGAAAAAUAGCUUUGCAAUAUAAUUUAUUACAAAAAGAUAUUCAAAAUGUUUGGUUAGUGAGCUUAAUUGAGAUAUUAAUGUUGAUUAACUUUUAUAUUGAACUUCAAGUUUCCAAUGCUUUGAAAGUAAAAUGUUUGACC